AUGUCUCCAAUUUUGAUUGUUGGCGGCACUCGAGGCCUCGGGGCUUCCCUCGUCAAGCAAUACGCCGCGGACGAGGGCAACACCGUCUAUGGCACCACGCGCUCCGAGGAAGGACCCCAAGGCUUUCCGCAGGCCGUCAAGUGGCUCCCAGGCAUCGAUCUGUCCGAUGAGAAAGUCGGCAAGACCCUUGUCAGUGUGCUUGGUGGUUCGAAGCCAUUGUCGACGGUGAUUAUCACGGCGGGUUACUUUGCGACGGAGGACUUCAGCGCCGAAAAGGGUCUGGAUUGGGCCGAAGAGCAGCGCAUGUACACGACGAGUUCCAUUGCUCCCGUCUUCAUCGUCCAUGCGCUUGCGCAUGCCGGCCUUCUCCAAAGAGAGUCCAAGGUCGUGCUCGUCUCUUCCGAGUCCGGGAGCAUCACCCUCCGACAUGAGAAGGAGGGCGGCGGCAAUUAUGCCCAUCACGCAUCCAAAGCCGCGUUGAACAUGGUGGGCAAGCUGCUCAGCCUCGAUUUGAAGGAAAAGGGUGUCAUUAUCAGCAUCGUACAUCCGGGCUUCAUGCGUACAGAGAUGACCAAGGGCGUGGGUUUCGACAAGUACUGGGACGACGGCGGCGCCGUCACACCCGACGAAGCUGCUGAGAGUCUCGUCAAGUGGACAUCACAGCUCGACAUAUCCAAGACAGGGGAGUACUGGGCGCCGAGAGGUCCGGGCGACAUCGGUACGGCUGAACCGGUUCUUGGCAAAGGGCUCUCAACACCGCUCCAGCUUCCUUGGUGA